AUGGAAGGUAAAAGGAAGUCUGGCUUCCAACCAUCUAUCAAGUGGUUGUAUCAAUGCGACAGAUUAUGCAGUUUCAUCUUCAGUCGCGAUGUGCCGGCUCAAAUUCCCGAGUAUGAGUGGGCUGCUCAUAAAGUUCUCUUUAAGACAUUCAAGGCCCUUAUUGUUUUCUCUGGCGUACAGUCCAAUAUUCUCCGCUUCCAGCUCGGUGACCUUGGUUUAACCCAAGGAUCGCUUUUCCUGCGUGAAUUUGUGCAAGUUCCUGCAAUUUUCAACAUCGGUCUGGAAUUCGUCGACGUAUGA